AUGUCGAAGAACCAUCAGCCGAACGAGGGAAGCAUGUCGUCGUCCCCGAGACGCAUCCUCCCCUGCUCCCGUUGCCCGGAACUCAGCGUGGCCCCCGUCUCUUGGGAGGCCCCUCAUGCACGACUUGACAGGGAUUGGCAAAGAUCUGUGAGCAAGAAUUCCCCAUAA